AUGUCUACAUUUGAUGAUCUCUACACCCUUUCCCGCCAACUUGGAUCCGGUGGAUUCGGAUGUGUCUACAAAUGCUAUGAACAGAAAACUGGAGAUGCUUACGCUGUUAAAUUCUUCUCAGACAUGCCCGUUAGUAGAAAGACCUACUCUUCCUCCGACAAGAUGAAGAUCCCAGACGAGAUAAUCCUGUGGAGAAACCUUCGACACAAGAACGUUAUAAGAUACGUCCGCCACUUCUUUGAGCGAGGAACUUGGAUUGUGGUAAUGGAGCACUGUUCUGGUUACAAGGACCUCUUCUCCUACGUCAACAAAAGAGAAUCCCCCAUGUCGGAGAGUACAGCUGCUUCCAUCAUCUCCCAGACCCUCGAUGCUGUGAUGUACUGCCGUUCCAAGAAGAUCGACCACAGAGACAUCAAAGACGAAAACCUUCUCUACAACCCAAAGACGAAGCAUGUCAUGCUGAUAGACUUUGGUUCAUCCUCCCUUGUCUCCUCAACCUACAACCGUCUCCAAGGAACCGAUGUCUACCAUCCACCUGAACUGUUUUUGGACGGCAGCUUCAAGUCUACCGAUGGAGUUAUUUGGGCGGUGGGAUCCCUUGCUUACAUCCUGCUAAACGGAGAUUGCCCUUACCAAACUCUGGAUGACCUGAAAGGCGAUGUUCCAAUAGUCUGGAUGAACGAGAAGUCUUCUUCCUCUGCUAUAAGAUUCGUUAGACGUUGCCUCAGAAGAAGACCUGUGGACAGAGAGUCUUUGAGCUUGCUGAGGAAAUCUGCUUGGUUGAAGAAUUUUAAAAACUAA